UCCACUGCUCUUCAUCUGUGCUCCGCCAUUAAUUCUCUCUUCUCAGCUUCAGCAAUAAUUGGACAGGGGAAUGGAGAUGGGAAGAAGCAAUAGAAAUGCGCAUGUUGUGAUGCUGUGUUUGUUUGCAUGGCUUUGCGUGGGGCUGUGCGCUUCUGAUUAUAAUGGGCUUCCAAGGAUUGGGCUGAAGAAGAUGAAAGUGGGCCGGGCUUUCCUCAGAAAGUACGGUCUUAGUGAUAUUGAUGAAGCAGAAGGUGAAAUUGUGGGACUCAAGAAUUUCUUAGACGCUCAGUAUUAUGGUGAUAUCGCCAUUGGUACCCCUCCUCAGAAGUUCGCUGUUCUUUUUGAUACCGGCAGCUCCAAUACCUGGGUCCCAUCCGAUAAAUGUUUUACCUCUCUUUCAUGCUACGUCCAUGCCAAGUACAGGUCUAGCCAAUCAACAACGUACAGGCCAAAUGGGACUCCUGCUGCAAUUCGAUAUGGUAGUGGAGCCAUUACUGGUUUCUUCAGUUAUGACAAUGUCCAAGUUGGUGGCUUAGUGGUAAAGAACCAGGAUUUCAUUGAAGCAACUAAGGAGCCUGGCUCUGCAUUUGUGGCAGCCAAGUUUGAUGGUUUGGUAGGACUUGGUUUCCAAGAGAUAUCUGUUGGAAAUUCUGUUCCUCUGUGGUACAAUAUGAUCAAUCAAGGUCUGAUUAAGGAACAAGUAUUUUCAUUCUGGCUCAAUCGAAACACAUCAGAUGAGAGAGGGGGUGAGAUUGUUUUUGGUGGUGUUGAUGCUGCUCACUUCCACGGCAAGCACACUUAUGUCCCUGUGACACGAAAAGGCUAUUGGCAGUUUGACAUGGGUGAUGUGCUUGUUGCUGGUAAACCAAUGGGAUCAUGUCCCGAUGGCUGUGCAGCAAUUGCAGAUUCAGGGACUUCUUUAAUCACAGGUCCCUCGGAUGCAAUUAAUGCGAUCAAUGAAGCCAUUGGGGCUUAUGGAGAUGGAGUUGCUAGCCAAGAAUGCAAGACUGUUGUUAAUCACCAUGGAUCAACAAUCCUGGACUUGCUUUUAGCUAAAGCACAACCAGAGAAGAUAUGUUCCCAAAUUGGAUUGUGCGCGUUUGAUGGGACUCGUGGAGUUAGCAUGGAUAUUGAGAGUGUGGUGGAUAAGAAUGAAAGAAAAUCUGCUGGUCAUGUUACUUGUUCUACCUGUGAGAUGGCUGUUGCUUGGAUGCAAAACCAGCUGAGGCACGAUCAGACACAGGAUCAGAUACUAAGCAAUCUCAAUAAGGCCUGUGUUAAACUGGGACAAGCACUUGUUGACUGUGGAAAGAUCCCUUCAAUGCCUACUGUUUCCUUCACUAUUGGCGGAAAAACUUUUGACCUUUCUCCCAAUGAUUACAUUCUCAAGGAUGAAGAAGGUGCUCAAGUUCAAUGCAUCAGUGGUUUCACUGCUUUGGACGUGCCUCCUCCUCGUGGCCCUAUCUGGAUUCUUGGGGAUGUUUUCAUGGGUCCCUAUCACACAGUGUUUGAUUAUGGUAACUUGAGGGUGGGAUUUGCCAGAGCUGCAUGAAGAAUAUAUAAAUAUAUAUAUAUAUAUAUAUAUAAUAUGUUCAUGAGGUGUCUUGUGAACUGCUAAUGUUUCAGUUGAUAUUGGUUUAUGUGUGUAUCUAA